CGACGUUCGAUCGAAGCUCGCAACGUUCCAUCCGCAGCCGCCGGAGCAGGGCCCCCGUUUUGUGUGCCCCCUUCCUCCUCGCGUUCUCUCCCUCGCAUCCGCAUCCUCCUCCUCCGGCUCCUACGCUCUCCCGUCUCUUCCCCCUCACGUGUCCCGGGCUCCCAGCUGGGGAAGGAGGGGAGGGAGAGAAUCGCUCGCUCGCUUGCUCGCUCGCUCUUUCCUCCUCACAUGACCCGAGUGUUUGUCCCCGUGAUCAGCGCCUCGGCUCCCGUGUCUCCUCCGCGUCCCCUCUACCUCCAUCCGGCGUGAGAUUUAAAAACUCACCCCCUCCUUCUCCUGCCUCCCCACCCCUUUCCCCCUGGUGCUGCGGGGUCUUUCCCCCCUUCCCUCUCCCUCCCUCCCCCCCUUUCCCCCCUUCCCUCUCCCCCCAUGGACAUGCUGGAUCCCGGCCUGGACACAGCCACCGCCUCCGCUGCUUCCAGCCACGAGAAAAGUCAAGAAGGUGAAGAGGGAGUCGAGCUACAGGAAGGAGACGGGACGAAUGCAGACGAGCAAACUGCAGUGGCCAUUGCCAGCGUCCAGCAAGCCGCCUUUACAGACCACAAUAUCCAGUAUCAGUUCCGCACAGAGAACAAUGGAGGACAGGUGACAUACAGAGUAGUUCAGGUGACGGACAGUCAGCUGGAUGGACAAACAGACGCAACGGGGGCCGUCAGCGUGGUCUCAACAGCGGCUUUCACCAGCAGCCAGCAGGCUGUUGCUCAGGCUGUGAUCCAGAACCCCUUCAGCAAUGGCGGGAGCCCAGCCACGGAUGCCGUCAGCGGGGAGGCUCGCUUCGCGUACUUCCCUGCCUCCACAGUGGGGGACGCCACGGCGGUGUCCGUGCAGACAACAGAUCCGUCGCUGUCACAGGCUGGAGGCCAGUUCUACGUGAUGAUGACCCCGCAAGAUGUGCUGCAGACGGGGACACAGCGCACCAUUGCCCCUCGCACGCACCCCUAUUCCCCGAAAAUGGACGGGACACGGACACCGCGGGAUGAGAGGCGAAGGGCCCAGCACAACGAAGUUGAACGGAGGCGGCGCGACAAAAUCAACAACUGGAUUGUCCAGCUAUCGAAAAUCAUUCCAGACUGCAACACAGACAACAGCAAGACGGGGGCGGUGAGGGCAAAUGCCAGGGAGGGGACAAACGAGAGCAAAGGAGGCAUCCUAUCCAAAGCCUGCGAUUAUAUCCGUGAGCUGCGCCAAACGAACCAGCGCAUGCAGGAGACCUUCAAAGAAGCCGAGAGGCUGCAGAUGGACAAUGACUUGUUACGGCAGCAGAUCGAGGAGCUGAAGAACGAAAAUGCCCUCCUGCGGGCGCAGCUGCAGCAACACGGGAUUGAGAUAGUGGGAGACGCCUCGGGGCAGUAGCCCCCGCUCCUUCGCCACGGCCUCUUCGCGGGAGCUCAACCUCCAGCCGACCGGUCCUUUUUUGUAUAGAAAAACCCUCCUCGGAAUGAACCUUGCCUCACUUCCCCUCACGCAGGGGCUGAUAGAGGGGAGGGGAACAUGCUUGCGAGUGGAAGAAUCUGACGGCGUGGCUGGAUUAGGCACCCAGCCCGGGCUACUGUUCUGAAAGACCCUCCAGCCUCCCCCCUCACCCCCGUCUAAUGCCUUCCCAUUUUCCUUACUUUACUUAGGAUAUAUUAAGAUUAAACAGACAAAACCUGCAUUUUUAAUAGUAGAUUUUUAAGACAGGUUAGCCAUGUCCCCCCUUCCCUCCUCUGCUGGAUCUCUGGGGCUUGGGCCCCUUCACCCCUCCUGAGCUUGGCUGUUCAAAAGCUCUCGGGUUCCACCUUCCUUCUGACACUCGUCCAUUUAUACCUCGCGGUAAAUGGACUGAUGCUUUUGAUCACGGCCCUGAAUCAGAGGCGGGCAGGCGGGGUGCUGGCGGAGCUUGGUUCCUCAGGUAUGACUGUGAACCGAGAAAGCGGAGGCGCAGUGCCUCUCCGAGUCAGUUUGCGGAAGCGCUUGGACACAAUCCACGGGGCUAAGUCCCCCUGCAUUUAAGGCACCCUGAAACGAAUGCUCCCUUCGCACAAGUACACACCUGCUCACUUGUGCGUCCCGAGUGCUCCUGCAGCAGCCUCGUUCAUUUUACCGUGCGCAACUUUCAGCAACAGCUUGUGGGGAGCUCCUUGCAGUCACAAAGUGGGACAUUUCCUGGAUUGUGCCUUGUUUUGUGAACCGGAGAGGUUGCCACUGAAUUUUGCCUCGUAUCUGUAUCUACCCCCUAACUCAACCCCUCUGUCGUUGCACCAAAAUGUGUAUUUUUUUUUAAGACACAGUGGAAUAUUAUCCUGAAGCCAACUUUGAUCUCCUCCCUUCCCCUUUUUUCUUUUUCCUUUUCUUCCUGUAAGUAUUCUUUAUUUUAUUAGUUUAAAGGCGCGUUUGUAUAGAGGUACGGUGUUUGUAUGAUAGCUGAAACCCAGGCCAUUAGGAAAGUUUUUAGUGGUGGAAUGAAUUGACAACAGGGUUGUUUUUUUGUGUGCGUUUUUGAUAUUAUAUAAUUUUUUAAUUAAACUUCAGCAGUGUUUUAGGAUUUCAGGUUUAAAAAAAAAUCAGGAGAUGAAUUUUUAAAAGAUGUAAUCUCCUAUAUUUUGGGUUUCCCCCAAUCCUCCAGAUUUUUUUUAAAAAGAAAAAUAAGAAAUGGUUCCUUAAAAUGGUAAAAUAAUAUUAUUAUUGUAAUAGCAAGUACCUUAGGUUUGAUUUUUUAAAAAUAUCUAUAUAUACCAGCCCCACCUGGAAAAGUUUCCAGGAUUGCAACUAGAUUUCUGGUAAUAUUUGUACCAUUCGGUCCUGCUCCAGUCCCUGUGAAUGUAAGGAGGAGGGGAGACAUGAAAUCAAGGGAAAAAGCAAACGGUAUAUCGCAAAGAAGUAUGAGUUGGCUUGCAGAGUUUGAUUGUUGGAAAGUAGGAAUUAAUUCUGUUUAUAUAUAAAAGAAAAAAACCCUGCACAGAAAUAAUACCGCAUCAAAUCA